AAGUCGCCUUUGACAAAGUUUCUGUCCAGAUAAGACAGAAAGACAAAGAAGACCGACCACAUGAUGCGUCUAAUGUUAUUUACAGCCCCCUCCCACCCUCCACCAGCCCCACAUGAACUUGAUACUCAGACUCUCACACUCAUUUACAGCCCGGUCCAUUCACCACAGUUUCUCUCUUGCUCAGUGGAGACCAGUGUUAUUGUACAAAUGGACGUGUUGGAUAUUCCUGCAGACCAGCCCAAAGGAUGGUACCUUUCUCUGAUGGCACCAAACACAAAAGGACCAACAUUUGCCUGGCUGGACCCGUCCAGACUCUACUGCAACUCUAAGGCUCUUGCAGACUGUGUCAAAGAUCUUAUCAGCCCAUUUCUGAAUGACACCAUAGACCUGGUUGCCGGGAUCGAUGCAAUGGGGUUCAUUCUUGGGGCGUCUGUUUCCAGCGUCCUUGGAAAAGGUUUUCUGGCUGUGCGUAAAGCAGGACACCUGUGUGUAGCAACAGAAAACCAAAACUACAGUGAUUACACAGGCAGAGAAAAGACUAUGGAAGUAAGGCUGGAUGUGCUAAAACCAGGCAUGAGAGUGCUGUUAGUUGACCAAUGGAUAGAGACUGGAGGCACGAUGAAGGCUGCCAUUCAGCUAGUUGAGAAACUGGGAGCCACUGUUGCAGGUGUUGCAGUUGUGGCCAUCGAGAACACUGAAGGAGGAAAGUGGAUCAAAGAAAACUACAAAUUCUCUCACUGCAUCCCUGAAGAGCUCCAGAGCCAAAUUGACCAAAAGAGUCUUCAUUCCUUUAAAAAUUUCAAAAACUGA